UGUACAAAGCUUUUGAAACAUUGCCCAAACGUCUUGACUCACUGGACGUAAAUAUUGGAAGAAAACUGGAUUUAGUAAAUGUCCAUAUCAAGAACGCAUCUCAGAGGACAACUGCUUUAGAAAUGCAAGAUAACCAGGACUCAAUGUUCAAAGUCAUUGAAGCUUUGUCCAAGCACUUCGACUCCCUGGACACAAAUAUGGAAAGAAAACUGGAUUUAGUAAACAUGAAUGUCAUGAACAUGUCUGAAAGGACGACUGCUUUGGAAAUGAAAGAUAACCAGGACUCAAUGUUCAAAGCCAUUGAAGCUUUGUCCAAACGCUUCGAUUCCCUGGGCAAAAAUGUGGAAAGAAAACUGGAUUUAGUAAACGUGAAUGUUAUGAACAUGUCUGAAAGGACGACUACUUUGGAAAUGAAAGGAAGACUGGCUCUAAUUAACAAAACAAUCGAGGCGUGGUACACAAGUCCUCACUCGUUUAACAAAAGUGUCGUAAGGAAACUGGAUGUCGUGAUUAAGUCAAUCGAAGAGCUCUCUUUGCAAUUUAAGAACACAUCUGAAACGAUAAAGGCAUUGGCUAUGCAAGUUGCAGGAUACACUCUGCAAUUUCCACAAAAAGAAACCAGUGAUUACGUCAUCAUCACACGUGGUAUGCCAAACCUGUCAGCUGUGACAGUUUGUCUGUGGAUAAAAACCACUGAUACUAGAAAUGCAGGAACACCCCUGAGCUAUAUUGUGUCUGGAGCACGCAAUGAGCUUCUCCUUUUUGACUAUAGGAAUUUUGAGGUUUACAUCAACAACCAUGGGAGUGGUUCUACUAAUGUAUCCGCCAAUGAUGGAAAGUGGCAUCAUAUCUGCCUCACAUGGGAGAAUACCGCUGGAUCAUGGAAAUUGUUUCGAGAUGGUUCGGUUGCCGCUCAUGACAAAAGUUUCCAAACAGGUUACGUGAUUCGUGCAAAUGGAGCCCUGGUACUAGGGCAGGAGCAAGACUCAAAGGGAGGAAGUUUUGAUGACCACCAAUCUUUUAUCGGUGAAAUGACAGGUGUCAACAUUUGGGAUCACGUCAUAGAAGACCAAGAAAUCGCACGCAUGUCAAAGUCGUGCCUGACAGGGGUGGGCAACGUGUUUCAGUGGCGCGAGUUCAAAGCUCACAUCAAGGGCUCAGUGAAGAUAAUUGAGCCAUCGUGCUGAAGUGAAAACAUCCAUGACGUGAUUUGUAAACAUUAUGAAGGAUGUUACAUUAAAGAUAAAU